AUGGUAGACAAGGAGACGAAGCCCGAGUGGUACCAGGAAGAUGUCAAAAGCAUUAACCCCGAUGCUCAGAAUCUAUUAGAGAACUAUAGCGGCUUUCAAGCCGACGAAGUCCUUCCCCAUGUCUUAUCACUGUAUACUAAUCCCCCCCAGCGAGCCGAAGCAUUCCGCAUCUGUCACUAUCCUUGUAUAGGCCAGAUGCGCUUCCUCUCCUUCCACAUCCCACGCCACCCACUCUUCGAGCGUGUCCUCGAAUACCUCCGCAACAACCCCACAGCCGGCUUCCUCGACGCCGGUUGCUGCUUCGGUCAAGAAAUCCGCUACCUCGCUCACCAAGGCAUUCCCAGCCGCCAGCUCUUCGGCCUCGACGUCGAGCAAACAUUCAUCGACCUCGGAUACAAGCUCUUCCGGGACACGGAUCGUCUAGAAGCAACUUUUGCCUUGGGAGACCUCACCGGAGAUGAUGAUGGCAGUCGGGAGGCCCUGGCGCAGACGCUGGGCGGGGAGAUCGGUAUCAUCUACGCUAGCUCGCUCUUCCACCUCUGGGACUAUGGGGUGCAGCUAAAAGCUGCGACGCGGUUGGUGAGCUUGCUCCGUGACCAGGUUGGGGUUAUGGUUGUUGGUCGCCAGCUGGGUAGUAUUCUCGCUGGUGAGUACCCUCUCACUGGAUUUAGUGAUGGGACGCAGUACCGCCAUAACAUUGAGUCUUUGAAGGGGUUCUGGCUUGAUAUUGGACAGGCCACUGGUACCCAGUGGAAGGUAGAGGCAUUGUUGAAGGAUGACGAUAGUGUUGUUCAGCAGAAUUUGAAGUCAAGCUGGGGAGAUUCGAAUAUGCGGAUGAAUUGGUGGGGUGCGACGAGGAUUGCAUAG